AUGGAGAACUCAUAUGGCAUUGGCAUAGCAAAUCGCUAUGAAUUAUUCUACGAUCAGGACGAUGUGACUGAAUUCGAGACGGUUGUGACGAAGAAGAAGAAGGAUAAGGCAGUCGCUGUUGUUGGUGGACCAACGACACCAGCUGUACCCGUGACGGCACCGGCAGCACCAAGAAAAUCAUCGGAAUCAAAGGAGAAUAAGGUACAACCAAAGGGACAAGAAAAACAGCAGCAGCAAUUGACGACGCAGAAGGCACAACCACAAGAUGCACGAAAGGAUCAAAGACGCGGAAUUAAGGAACAAAAUAAUACCGGCAUUGCCAAAAAGGAUAAUGAUAACAAACAAAUCACCCAAAACGGACAACCACGUCCAAAUUUUGCUCAGAGACCAGCCGGAGAGAAUCGCGAAGAACGCAAUAAUCGCAAAAACCGUGAACUUAAUGGACAAGUAGCAAAUGGAACUGAGGGACAACAACAAAAUCAAACGGAUAAAUCACGCAACAAUAAUAAUAAUAUCAAUAGGCAACGACGAAACUUUGAUGGAAAACGACGCGAUAGGCAAUCGGGAAGUGACAAGACGGGUGUUAAGUCUGUCGAUAAGCGUGAUGGUGGCGGUGCUCAUAAUUGGGGAACACAUAAGACGGAUAUUGAUGAUAUGAAUAAACCAGUGACAGAUGGCGAGGAUACGAGUGGUGAAAAGGAGGGAGAGGAAGUUGUUGAGGAACCAGCGGCACCAGAGGAGCCAAAGGAAAUGACAUUGGACGAAUACAAGGCACAGAGACGAGCUCAAUUGCUUCAACCACAAUAUAACAUCCGAAAAGCUGGAGAAGGUGAAGACGAUCCAAAAUGGGAUAACAUGAAGAAAUUGGACAAGAAAACUGAAGAAUCGACUGCAUUAAAGAAGGAUGAUGGCAAAAAGGAUGAAGGCAAGAAGAAGCAAGUUUUAGAUAUUGAAUUCCACUUCAAUGAUGGACGACGUGGAGGACUUGGUAGACGUGGACCAGGCGCAGGUGUUGGGGGUGGACCAGGAAAACCAAAUCGUGGUCGUCGUCCACCACGUGAGAAUGUUGGUGGUGCUGAAAAUAAUGGCGGUCCUAUUGGUGAAAAUCGACCAGCUCCAACUGGUGGAAGUAUUGCUGCUGCUGUUGCUGGACCACCACCAACACAGACUGGUGGACCAAUUCGUGGUGAUCGUGAUCGUGAUCGUGAUGAUGGUCAACGACGACAACGUAGACAGCGCUUCCAACGAGGCACCAAUGAAGGCCAACAUGCGCCAAAGGUCGACGAUGAACGUGACUUCCCGUCACUCAGCUAA